AUGAACAUUUUGACAUAUUACACGCACAAAACGGAGCAAUAUGCACGGAGUUAUGGCAGGUCAAAGUUAGCACCAGAAUGUGGAAUUAUCAGGACUUGGAGAAAAUUCGAGGGGGCGGGGGAAGUCAACCUUUCUUCCAGAUCUAGAUCGGGAUGGUGGGAGUUCGCCGGAGGAGCGCCGGCGAGGUGCGGGCUAACGGUGGCGGGCGGCGCCGACGAGGAAGGAGCGGGGCUGCGGAGGCGCGGGGAGCUUCGCGUGGGGCGGCGGCGAGCUCCACGCGGCGGCGGGGACGACCUGCGACGACGGCACGGGGAGGCGCCGGCGAGGUCGGCGGGGUCGGUGAAGGCGGCGUCGGGCAGCAAGGCGAUGGCCGGCGGCGGGAGGCGACGAUGGGUGGCGGAGGAGGCGAACGGGCGCGGGCGAGCGUGGCUCGCCCAGGAGCCGCGUGGUGGAGGCGCGGUCGGCGGCGACCUGCCGCUCGCCGGUGGUGGCCGGGGACGAAGGCGGCGAGCGGCGGCUGGGACGCCGACGGGGAGGGGGCGGCAGAGGGAGACGCGGGGAGCGGGGCGUGGGGCGGAGAGGAGCUCGGGCGCCGGCUCGGGCUCCGAUGGGCUCGGGCGGGCCCGUCCCGGGCCCAGGCGGGCCGCGGCGGCUGGGGAGGCUCUGGAUUGGGCGCGGCGGUGGCGGCGAUGA